AUUGGAAGGGGCGUUUCCCCCCCUUGUCCUUGUUCACAUCAGUUGACAUCCAACCAUGACGAUGACAAACGAGGCCAAAGACAUCAAGACCUCACCAGCGAUACCUGGUGAGGACAUUGCUGUCGCAGACACCGAGCACAUCAAGUCCAAUAAUGAUGGGCUUGAUGAAGUCUUUCAACAAAGCGAAGGGCAAGUGGACUUCCGGACCGUUAGCUGGAUACGGGCAUCAGCCAUCUUUCUGAAGAUGCUCUUCGCGACCGGCAUCCUCUCGAUUCCCUCGGUCAUGUACGACCUUGGCGCCCUCCCCGGGGCCCUCAACGUGCUCGGCUGGUGCGGUCUUAACACGUACGGCGCCCUCGUGCUCGGCAAUUUUCGAGACUGCUACCCACAAUGCCACACGGUCGCUGACAUGGCGCAGUUGAUGGGGGGUCCGAUUUUCCGAGAAGUGGUCGGGUUCUUGUUCGUCAUGACCUACGUGAUCACGGCAGCCUCCGGGGUGAUCGGGGUAUCGGCGGCCUUCAACGCGCUGUCGCUGCACUCGCUGUGCACUGUGUGGUUCUCGGUGAUCGCCACCGUCAUUAUCGCCCUCUGCGCCAGUGUACGGAAGUUCUCCCAUAUCGGGUGGUUGACCUGGGUCGGGUUUUUUAGUAUCCUCGCCGCGGUAUUCAUCAUUGUCAUUGGAGUAACCACCCUCGAUCGCCCGUCAGCGGCCCCGCAAGAAGGCCCCUACGACCUGGGCUACCACCUAGUCGGCCACCCGACCUUCGCCGCCGGCAUAACCGCCUCAUCGACCAUCUUCGUCUCGUCAUCAGCGACCUCGGCCUUCCUCCCCGUCAUCGCGGAGAUGCGCCCGCCCACCGCCCGGGCCUAUCGGAAAGCCGUCGCUCUGUGCAUGAGCUUCGUCACCGCCAGUUACCUGACCUUCAGCCUGGUGCUGUAUCACUACUGCGGGAAAUGGGUCGCCUCGCCGGCGCUGGGCAGCGCGGGUCCCGUCCUCAAGCGGGUGGCAUAUGGCAUCGCUCUUCCGGGUUUGCUGGUCAGCGGGGCGUUGUACGUCCACGUCGCGGCCAAGUAUCUCUUCGUCCGGGUGCUGCGCGGCUCGCCGCAGCGGAGGCGGCAUCUCCAGGCGAACACUCCUGUGCACUGGGGUACGUGGUUAGCGUGUGUCGUGGGCAUGGCGGCCAUAGCGUGGGUGCUGGCUAGUGCCAUCCCGGUGUUCACGUAUGUGUUGGCAUUGGUCGGGGCGUUGGGGUUCGCGCCGUUGGCAAUCAGUUUGCCCGGGAUCUGUUGGUUGUAUGAUGAGCAAUCGUGGUAUAAGAGGUGGACGAGGGUAGUGUUGGUUGCAGUGCAUGUUGGAUUGGUGCUGCUGGGACUGUUCAUGAUGGUCGGGGGAACAUAUGGUGUUGUGAUCCAGAUUCAGGAGGCGUAUAGAGAUGGGAGCGUGGAUGGAGUGUUUUCAUGUGCGGAUAAUAGUGGGACGGUGUCCUGA